AUGCGCGAGCGUGUUCCAGACGACGUCGUAGAAGACAUCCUGGCUCGGCUACCAGUGAAAUCCUUAACCCGAUUUAGGUGCGUUUCGAAAUCUUGUAACUCCAUCAUCACUGACACCACUUUCAUCAACAAACACUUCAAGCUCAACCUCAACCAAUCCGAAUCAUCAAUAUCCGCAAACACUCACAGUGGGUAUUUGCUAUAUACUACAGAGGAUAAGGAUAGUUCAUCAUCUUCCAAAGAAUUGUGUACGGUUGCUUGCAACAACGACCGCACACUGACCCAGGUUUCUAGGUUUGAAAUCCCCUCAUUUUUUGACAAGUACAUGAUUGUUGGUUUCUGUAAUGGCUUGUUCUGCCUAGCUAGUCGUGAGAAAGAACUUUGUCACGUUAUUUAUUUGUGGAACCCAAGUAUUAGAAUGUUGAAGAAACUUGUAGCUACUCGCUUUAAUCGCAAGCAUAAUGAAAGAGCCGCUAUUGGAUUUGCUUAUGAUUCUCUGAACAGCGACUUCAAGAUUCUGAGAAUUGUGUGUGAUGCGAUGUUCAAUGAAUCAGAAGCUGAAGCAGAGAUUUACACGUUAAGUUCGGAUUCGUGGAGGAAGCGAUGA